AUGCCUCCUCCACGUGCUGACGAUGAGGCUCCGCCAACAGACCUCACCAACGACCACCCCCGCAUGGAAGGCACCAAUACCAGCCGCAGCAGCAGUAACAAUGAGCCCAUGACUGAUGAGAAGGCCAUGCAUCAGGGCGGUCCUGGCGGUCCGGACCGGCGCCGCCGCAGCUCAGUCGCUGCACUGCUUCAGAACCCACUCGCUGGCUUGACCCAGGAUCAGGUGCUCGCCGACGUCGACAACUUUACUCAGAGUAAGGGUCUGACGGAAUACCAAGAAGUCUUCCGCAAGGGCGCUCUCGUUGCUCAGGUCAACAACCAGGAUGGCGCUUUCGAGCGUAUUGAAGUGCUCGACGAGGACGAGAAGAACGUCUUGCGUAGGGAGCUGACCCACCGCUGGAGCCAGCCCUUUAUGCUGUACUUCCUCUGCACUCUCUGCGCCGGAUCCGCCAUUGUUCAGGGCAUGGAUCAGUCGGCCGUCAACGGCGCUCAAGACUUUUACUUCCAGGAGCUCGGCUUGGCAGACAUGUCAGCAGAGAUCCGGGGACUUGUCAACGGUGCCCCCUACCUCUGUUCUGCGCUCAUCGGCUGCUGGACCAACCCUUUUCUCAAUCACUGGUUCGGUCGUCGCGGCACCAUUUUCAUCAGCUGUGGCCUGUCCGUCAUCACCGGCUUCUGGCAAGCUGCUGCCAACAACUGGUACAACCUUCUCAUCGCCCGUUUCUUCCUUGGUUUCGCCGUCGGCGCCAAGUCUUCCACCACCCCCGUCUACUCGGCCGAGUCCACACCCAAGACCAUUCGUGGUGCCCUCACCAUGAUGUGGCAGAUGUGGACGGCGUUCGGCAUCGCCCUUGGUACCAUUGUCGGCGUCGCCUUCUCUGGAGUGACGAUCUUCGGCGAGGAGACUCAAUGGCGUUGGAUCAUGGCCUCCACCUCCAUCCCUCCCCUCGUCGUCAUGGUCCAAGUCUACCUGUGCCCCGAGUCUCCCCGCUGGUAUAUGGAGAAGGGACGUUAUCCCGAGGCCUUCAAGGCAACCUGCCGUCUUCGAUACACCAAGGUCCAGGCUGCCCGCGACAUGUACUACGCCUACAAGCUGCUCGAGAUUGAGAGCGCCGAGCGUGAGGGUCGAAGCUGGAAGGAAUUCUUCACAGUGCGAAGAAACCGCCGCGCCGCACAGUCCUCGUGGUUUGUAAUGUUUAUGCAACAAUUUUGUGGUGUCAAUGUCAUCGUCUAUUACUCUAUGAUCAUGUUCCAGAAUGCCGACUUCACGCGGAACGAGGCUCUUCUCGUCACUAUGGGCACCGGUCUUGUCAACUGGCUGUUUGCUAUUCCGGCCAUUUACACAAUUGACACGUUUGGACGCCGCAACCUUCUGCUGGUCACCUUCCCGUUGAUGUCGUUCUUCAUGUUCUUCACAGGCUUCAGUUUCCUCAUCACCGAGCAAGCUGCGCGUCUGGCCUGCGUGACGACGGGUAUCUAUCUCUUCAUGGCUGUGUACUCGCCCGGCGCCGGCCCGGUUCCGUUCACGUACUCGGCCGAGGCGUUCCCGCUUCACAUUCGCGAUAUCGGCAUGUGCAGUGCCACGGCCGUCACCUGGGGCUUCAACUUCAUCAUCUCCUUCUCGUGGCUUCCCAUGGUCGAGGCGUACGGUGACACGGGCGCCUUCUGCUGGUACGGCACAUGGAACCUCAUCGGCUGGGUCUUUGCCUACUUCCUCUUGCCCGAGACGAAGAACCUCACCCUUGAAGAGCUCGACAACGUGUUCAAUGUCACCAAUCGGGAACAUGCCGGGUACUACCUGAAGAAAUUACCAUGGUACAUCAAGAAGCAUCUGCUCUUCCGGGACGUCGAGCCCAUGCCCCCGCUGUACGCGUUUGACCAAUCAUCGCCACACGACAAGAAGCACGACAUGGCAGCCGCCGAAGCUUCGCACAGUGAAGGCGUUGUGCGCUAA